CCGCUGCUUAUCGGAUUAUAAGAAGAUCCGAUAUCUCCAGCCCGCAUCCAUCCCUAAAUCCUCGUCGAUUUGUUUCACGUCGCCAUCGGAUUCCCCCAAAUCGACUUUCCAGAUCCGAAGGAAUCAUGGGAUCGGAGCAGCGCCCGAGCACGGCGGCGGUGGCGGCCAGCCGCUCGCCAUUCCGCUAUAACUCGCCGCUAGUUCAGGUGGGGCUCAUCGGGAUCGUGUGCUUCUGCUGUCCGGGGAUGUUCAACGCGCUCUCUGGCAUGGGCGGCGGUGGCCAGGUCGACCACACAGCCGCCAACAACGCCAACACCGCCCUCUACACCACCUUCGCCGUCUUCGGCAUCCUUGGCGGCGGUAUCUACAACCUCCUCGGCCCCCGUCUCACCCUCCUCGCCGGCUGCUCCACCUACGUCCUCUACGCCGGCUCCUUCCUCUACUACAACCACUACCACCACCAGCUUUUCGCCAUCAUCGCCGGCGCCGUGCUCGGAAUCGGCGCCGGCCUCCUCUGGGCCGGCCAGGGCGCCAUCAUGACUUCCUACCCGCCGGCGAGGCGGAAAGGGACCUAUAUCUCCUUUUUCUGGACCGUCUUCAAUAUGGGCGGCGUCAUCGGCGGCCUCAUCCCCUUCGUUCUCAAUUACCACCGCACCGAUGCGGCCUCCGUCAACGACGGCACCUAUAUCGCCUUUAUGUUCUUCAUGGCCGCCGGCGCCGUCCUCUCCUCGCCAUCCUUCCCCUCCCGCGUCGUCCGCGACGACGGCAGCCGCGCCUCCGACAUCGCCUAUUCCAGCGUGCGCACCGAGUCGGUCGAGAUUCUCAAACUCUUCGCCGACUGGCGGAUGCUGCUUAUCGUGCCGGCCGCCUGGGCCAGCAACUUCUUCUACAGCUACCAGUUCAACAACGUCAACGGCCUCCUCUUCACCCUGCGCACCAAGGGACUGAACAACGUCUUCUACUGGGGCGCGCAGAUGAUCGGAUCCAUCACCAUCGGUUACGUCCUCGACUUCAGCUUCAACAGCCGGCGAACCCGGGGGUUCGUCGGCAUCACCACGGUCGCCGUGCUCGGGACCGCCACCUGGGCCGGCGGCCUCGCUAACCAGCUGCGGUACCCCGACGGCGUGUGGGCCGACAAACUCGACUUCAAGGACUCCGGCGCCAAGUUCGCUGGUCCCUUCGUCCUCUACGUCAGCUACGGCCUAUUAGACUCCAUGUUCCAGAGCUUGUGCUAUUGGGUGAUCGGCGCGUUGGCCGACGACUCCCAGACGCUCAGCAGGUUUAGUGGAUUUUACAAGGGAGUGCAGAGUGCGGGGGCGGCGGUGGCCUGGCAAGUGGACACGCGCGGGACUCGUCUUCUUCCCCAAUUGAUAGUGAACUGGUCUCUCACCACGGCGAGCUAUCCGCUGCUGGCUUUGCUGGUGAUGCUCGCCGUCAAGGAUACAGAAGACGGCGAGGACGAAAAGAGCAAGGCCCUCAAGACAUCAGCCAGUCUGCCUGUGGAGGAAAAUGCCCAAGGGAAAGGGAGGCCAUAGAGGCAGUGAGUGACCUAAUCAAUUUAUGCAACAUAUUCAAGAUAGUUUAAUAAGGUUUUUUAUAAUAAUAAUUGUUGAUGCGACCAAAAUUCA